CCCAUUCAUCCUCAGCUCCACACAACCACACAACCACACCUUCAUCCGUGUAUUCAUCAGCCAGCCCAAGAAUCACAUCCAAAAUGUCCAGCCCGGACGGAGCAACAACAUCCCCACCGGCCGAAGUAAUGACAAUCGCCUCCCCCAUCAACCUCAUCCUCCUCACCCUCUUUAUCAUCCUGGUCUACGUGCAACUGCGACCCAAGGCCCCCGUCGCCCUCCCCAAAGCGCCCCCACCCGUCGUCUUCCGCACCUUCACCCCGACCACGCUCCUGCCCUACAACGGCACCGCCGACCAACCCGUCUACCUCGCCGUGCGCGGCCGCGUCUUCGACGUCACCCCGGGCCGCAACUUCUAUGGACCGGGCGGACCCUACGAGAACUUCGCCGGGCGGGACGCGUCCCGCGGUCUGGCGUGCCAGAGCUUCGAUGAGGAGAUGUUGACCAAGGAUUUGAAGGGGCCGUUGGAUACCUUGGAGGAUCUGGACGCGGACCAGGUGGAGAAUCUGCAGUCAUGGGAGGAGCGGUUCUCGGAGAAGUACUUGGUCGUUGGGAAGUUGGUGGCGGAGGGGGAGGAGGUGGCUUAAGUCGAGACCGAGACCUUGGGGGGUGGUAUAUGAAGUAAGCAUGGGUUGAGGGGAAUGAAUACUUUAGAUAGGGCGGGGGAUGGACAGAAGGCUGCCGGACUGUAGGGCUGGUUUGUUUGUGAUUGAAUUGAAAAAAUUGUGUGGAUUCAGAGUGCUGUGCAAAGGUAUUGACGGACAGGCGGUAGGUUGGAUGAAUUAUGAUAUUAUGGUGGUUCAAUUUGUCAUACUCCAAUUUGUCUCCUACAGAAAUCUGGGCGAACCUCGAAAAAAAAGACCGUAUCAUAUCAGUACAGAAGCA